CAAAUGGAUGAAGAUGAAAUGCGCCAAGUUUUGAAAAGAGCUAUAGAGGCAGAACCAGAUUUCAUGAGAUCUUACAUCCAAGGUUCAUUACAGUAUGAAAACUCCAGUUCAGAAAUUGCAUGGUGUUUAUGUGGAGGAUGCAAAGUAUUUGAGGAUCCUCGCAUGAACCUAUGCUGUUGUCAAUCUCCAUGCAUUACCACAAAACCAGAGUUUAGAAAUCUGUGUUUGCGGCAUGAUGUGCUAGAGAUUGCCAACAUUCUGAAUUGGAGUUUUCAUACUAAUCUUGAACCUUCGUUUGCCCCCUCUACCUUCCGGAACCAGGCAUAUCGUAAUUUUGUUUUGUGGCAGCAUGGUCCUCUUGGAGCAGGAAGGAGAGUUCCAGUGCCAUCUUGUGUGACUGUGGCAGUUAGGAGGAGGUUUCCCCAACUAGAUGGAGCGUACAGAGGCUAUCAUUCAGCUAAUUCAGACUCUGAAUAAAAU